CGAUCCUGACUACAGCUUGUAACAAUAGGAUUGUUUAUUUAAGUACUGUUGUACGGGGGACUGUUUUACUGUUGUACGGGGGACUGUUUUAGAGGUGACACUGGGCUCGUGGCCCAGUUGCAGAUAAGGAUACAGAGGCAGAGAGAUGAACUGCACAAAGACAAUAAAGUUCAAGUAAGCAAAACUGCUUUAAUCGUCCAUUAUGUAUCGUCCAGAUAGAGACAGAACAUAAUGAAACACAGCUGCUGACCGUACAGCGUUUGUACAUUCUCUCCGUGACCCACGUGCGUUUCCCCAAGAUCUUCGGUUUCCUUUCACACUCCAAAGACAUACAGAGUGGCAAACAGAAAUUGGAGGAGGUGCAGAGGUGUCGUCUGUUUACAAGACGGUUUCCAGACUGGAAUUGACGUUCAUCAAACCAAUUGCAUCAAAAUUGCAGUCCUGUGUUAUUACUUGAAAACAAAAUGGGAUUGGAUGCAGAAACAGAAAGAAUAUGGAAAGAAUUUCAAGUGGAGGGUCCCCGGUGGAUGAUGCAAUCAACAGAAUACAUUGUGGAACUGCGCUCAAUUGCUGAUGCAAUUGCCGAUUAUCAUACAGAUGCCGCUAUCGCAAAUAACGCAGGCAUUGCCACACAAGUCAUGGGGGUAAUCACAUGCAUCGUAGGAAUAGUUGCUGCUCCUUUCACAUCCGGAACCUCGCUAAUACUCACCGGGGUGGGUAUUUGGAUGGCCAGGGCCGGUCAGAUCACUAACGACUUAUCCAAUUCUGCUAAUAUUGCAAACCAAAAAAAAAAACAGGAAAAAGUGAAUGAAAUUAUAGAACAAUACCUAAAAAUGACCAAACACCUGACAGGUAUAUUAACUCAGCUCAACCAAUCCUUGAUUGAAAUUGAAAAGAAGGGGAAAUCAGCUGCAGACUUUAUUAGUACUGCCUUGGUUCUGGUGAACAGGUCUCAGGAUGCAUUGAGAACAAUCAGUACUGUGUCAGUAUUUCAUGCAGAGCUCAAGUUAGCAUGGGAGGUCUUUCUCAAAAUUAAAGACGUAAAAGAACUUGAAAGAAAGAUAACUGAAAUGUCAAAUAUGAUCCGACAGAUAGCUACAAGCAUGGAGGAGGAAAGGGGCAAUUUUGAUAAAGCACUUUCAGAUAACAAGGGAUGCGAUGAGUUGAAGGAAAUUGAUCUUGAAGGAAGUUAGUUAAUGAUCAUACAGAAAUCAAAUUAAUUAUUCGUAUUCUUUAAACCGCUGUCCCACGGUGAGAGUUUACACAAGAACUCUCCCGAGUUUAAAAAAAAUCAAACUCGUGGUAUUCUACGAACUCCUACCACCUUCCACGAGUAUGUUCAUGAACUCCUACGAGCUCCUACAAGUGUGUCGACGUAUUCAAUUGAUUUCUCAUUCUACGGUCUCCUACGUUCCUCUCCCGAGGUCCUCUUGAACCAACUACGUGUAGCCACAAGUGGAAAAUUGAUCACAUGAUAAAAAAUGAUGGAAUGCAGCUUUUUUUUUCCCUAUAAAAAGCCUCCCAAGUUUUUUUUUAAUCAUUCGGAAGCACGAGUACAAGAAGGCAACUGGUGAUCAGGAGGGCAUCUGAGAAAUGUGGUGUGAUCUGUUUUCCCCUACUUGCCCUGUCUGCUGUCUAAUUUAUGGGAAAUGAUCAGUAUAUCAAUGCAAAUCUUUGUUUAAAUCAUUCAACUGAUUAAAUGAUAGGAUUAUUCUUCCACGUACAGUGACAUAAUUUUCCAGUAAUUAAUAUUCUAUAAAUAGAUUCCUAACGCCAGCGAGCUGGAGGAGCCCUUCACAAGCAUCUGACUAACUGCACAAACCGCUAUUACACGUAGUUCUUUCAAAAACCUGGGAGAAGAUUUAACUGACUAAAUACACCAUAAGUACAUGUGAAAGAGGAGAAAUCAAUAGUUAAAAUUCAGCUCCACGCCACCCAUUCAUUGAAAAGAUAUGAUGAAAGAGAUGUAUCUUUUCUGCUUUGAGUGAACUGGCUCAUGCACAACAUUCCCUGCAAAUCUUGCAUGCAUCGAGUGACACGUUAAAUGCAAAUUUGCUGCACAUGACAAUCAUUGAACUCACCUUUUGCUCAAGUCUCUGCCAAGAAAGGGGAAACCACCUCAUGUUUUCACUCCGUUCUCUCGCUUGCCAAAAUAUCUUUCCCUUUUUCUUCAAACAAAGUAAAGUAAUCGGGGAUUUCCGGUGCUCACAAAUACUAACUAGGACAAGGCAAAACAAAUUAAGGAAGGAUUCUCCCCCUUUGCUUUUUUGUUUAAUACAUACUAGUCAGUUUCCAAGGAAGACAAAGGAGAGAAAAUGUUUUUUCAUGGGAAUGAUAGGAGAACCAGAUAAUUUUUCUUCCGAACCGUGACAGCCAGGAUAAAAUAGCCAUCUGUCUCUUUCUCUCUCUCUCUCUCUCUCUCUCUCUCUCUCUCUCUCUCUCUCUCUCUC